AUGCCACAACGCCGAGUUCUUGUUUUUGAUUCUAAAAGCUAUGACGAAAAAACAUUUCGACAAGCUUUAAAAACGUUAAAUGGUCAAAGUAAACUUCAUUUUACAUUUUUAGAAAGUAAAUUAAAUCAGGAAACAGUUGAUCAAGCUCAUGGGUUCGAUGGUAUUUGUGCAUUUGUAAAUGAUAUUCUUGAUAGAAAUAUCAUUGAAGAAUUACAUAAAGAAUGUAGUUCAGUUAAAAUAAUUGCUUUGAGAAGUGCCGGUUUUAAUCAUGUUGAUCUCGGAGUGGCAAAAAAAUAUAAUAUAAAAGUAUGUCGCGUACCACGAUAUUCACCGUAUGCUGUUGCUGAACAUUCCGUAGCUCUUUUACUUUCAUUGAAUCGUAAUUUACAUCAUGCAUAUUAUCGAACAAAACAGCAUAAUUUUUCCUUGGACGGUCUUGUUGGUCUUGAUCUUUUUGGUAAAACAGUUGGCAUUAUUGGAACAGGUGGAAUCGGUAUGUGUGCCAUUAAUAUAUUUUUGGGCUUUGGUUGUCGCGUUUUAGCUAACGAUAUCUUGCCAAAUGAGCAAGUUGCGAAAGAAAAAGGUUUUACAUAUGUUACCAUGGAUGAGUUACUUGACCAAAGCGAUGUUGUAUCACUUUAUGCUCCAUUGCUUGACUCAACUUAUCAUUUAAUUAAUAGAGAAGCGUUAGAAAAAAUGAAACGUGGAGCUAUAUUAAUAAACACAAGUCGUGGUGGAUUAAUUGAUACAAAUGCACUUGUCGAUUGUCUCAAGUCAGGAAAACUACGAGGUGCUGCUAUUGAUGUUUACGAAAAUGAAAAGGACUACUUUUUCAAUGACUGUAGUCAACAAGUAAUGGCUGACGAUACAUUGGCUCGUUUAAUUUCAAUGCCAAAUACAAUCGUUACGUCUCAUCAAGCAUUUCUUACUGAAGAAGCUUUAAGAAAUAUUGCUGAAACCACGAUACAAAAUUUACUAGACUUUUUCGAUGGUAAACCACUUAGUCAACAAAAUGAAGUUAAAGCUCCGGAAAAACAUUGA